AUGAAUAAACAUCAUCAUCAGCACAGAUACAAUCAUCAUUCAUCGGGAUCAGUUAGGAAUUUUCAUACUUGUUGCUUUCGAGCAGAUAGUGAAGUAAGCAAUGGAAAUGUUGAGAAGCCCAUCUCCACAACAACUUCCGAAAAUAACAAUUUAAAAUUAAGUGAUGAUGAAAAUACUGAUACAAAUAAUCUCAAUCAUUCAGCACCAAAUCCAAUUCAAGUACUACGAGAUCCUUCAUUGAGUUCUAAUUUGAAAGACUUCAUUUUGGAUACUGUUACCAUUGUUCAAAGAAAGCAUCAACCAUCGAAACAUGAUGAUAAGAUUAAUCCUUCAAAAAGUAACCCAAAUCUUGGUGAAGCUAGGCAUCAAUUAGAAUCAGUUCGCGAUAGAUUGCGAGAAAAAUUUGGAAACACAAAUUUACAAGGACACACUACGACAAAAAAUAAUCAAGGCCUCUCUAAUAGUAUCGAUCCAGAAAACUUUUUGGAAGAAACUAUUCUAAAAAACGUACAAUUCAUGCAAGCCAUCAAAAAGUAUGACGAAGAAGUUGCAAAGAACGACGAAAAACUUCCGUUGUAUGGUCCAAAGUAUACUUUUGAAAAAUUUUUACAGAAACAAUUCAAACCAAGACGGAGGCUUGCUCUUUCCACAAUUCUGUCUUACUUUGUAAAAUAUCCUGAAAUUACCAGAAGUAGCCAAUUUUACACAAAAUUUCUUGAGGUUAUUGCAAUGAAAUUACGUUUUUCGAAAAAGAUGUCUCUGGAAACCAUUGACAAAAUUUUUGAGAAAAUUCCGCCUGUCGAUGUUUCACCUGCCACCUAUAGAGCUCUAAUUUUAUGUUAUGCAAAUAAGGGAAAAAUGGAUGCAAUUCCAGCUUUAUUGGACAAAAUGGACAGUCUCUUGGAAAAAGGAUUUUUUAGAGCUACAAAAGUUCCAUUAAAACUGGCAAAAGAAACUUAUUACAAUGGUCAACUUCCAAAACCACAAACCACAACAGAAUCAGCCGAUGGUGAGGAAGGCAACGAAUUAUUACAAGAAUUAUUUCAGCUUGAAAUGCUAAAACUUAAAAUUACAUUUGAGGCAUUUGCUCACAACAAAGACUUUAGCGCUCUAGAAAAAUUAAUCAAAAUGAAGAGACCAGAAUGGUUGAGCAACUAUCGAUGUGUGUCCACAUACAUCCGAAUGGUCAAUGAUGCACUCGAGUUUUAUUUGAUCAACAAUGACCUCCUUCACGCAAAACAAUUGGUUGACCUUUUUUACAGGUAUGACCUCCCAAGAUCUAACGGUCGAGAACAACAGUUCCAAUUGAACUUGUCUCCCGAGGGAGUAGUCGGUAAUCCAACACUAUUGAUGAAAGAGAAACCAACUCGUAUCGAUGAGUAUGGUCGAUUUUUCAAUUUACAACUUUGGCUUUACAAGGAACUAGCCGAAAGCAAGCUCAAUGACAAGUUUCAAGAGAAUCCUGAUUCAGGUAUGAAGAAUAGAGAGUUAAUGCCAGCACAAAAAUUAUUCGACAUGACUAUUGCAGAAAUGAAGAAGGAAGGUAUCAUCUUUACAAGAGAGAUCUAUCAAACCAUAUGUACUUACAAUUAUCGACAACAAGCGUACGAGCGGUGUGUGUUCUUUUUCGAGGAUGCUCUGCGACAUGGAAUUAUUCCAGGAAAACGUUCUUUUAUUUAUGCGGAAGAAUCCUAUUUGAUGUUGAAUGAUAUCAAGAAGGCCAUGCAGUGUCACCAAUUGAGAGAUGUCUAUUGCAGACUGGGUGAGGUUAGCAAUGACGUUUCCGUACAAGGCGCUGCUGCUUGUCUUGACUUCUUGUACAAUUAUAAGGACAAGAAGACAAUACAGGGACAAGUUCGAAAAAGAAUAGAGGAAAAAUUAAGACAACAAAAGGAAGAGAAACUAGAGGUGGAUGGAACCAUCGAAAAACCAAUCCUGAAAGCAGAGCCAAAACCAAAGCCAAAGGACCGUUACACACUAACCGAAUUAUUUUUGAGGCUCACGAAGAAACAAUAA